AUGGCCCAGGAGGUUGAUGGCAAUUGCUGGUUUACGCACUUAAGGCCAAAAGAAGACAAUCUUCAUUCCUUCUUGAAACACAUUCAUUUCAACAAUAGUGCUGGAGAGGAAAUAUUUUUUGAUGAGAAUGGGGAGUUGGGAACUGGAUAUGAUAUCUUCAACACAGUCACCUUCCCCAAUCGGUCCAUGAAUAGAGUCCGCAUUGGAUGGACUGACCUUCGGGCUCCUGAAGGGAAAGACUUCCUUAUCCAUCAAAAUUUCAUUAUGUGGAAUCACAGGUUUGUUCAGAAGCCUCCAAAAUCCAGAUGUGUUGAGGUUUGCCAUCCUGGACAGAGCAAGACCAUGCGCGAGGGCAAAGAGAUUUGCUGUUAUGACUGUCCACAGUGUCCUGAAGGAAUGAUUUCAAAUCAGACAGAUGCAGAAACGUGCAGCAAGUGCCCAGAUGAUCAGCAUCCAAACAAGAAUCGAGAUCAGUGCAUCCCCAAAUAUGUAAUCUACAUGUCUUUUGAGGAGCCCUUAGGAAUUGUUUUGGUUUCUUUGGUUCUUUUCUUUUCCCUGAUGGCCCUUGGGAUAAUAUGGAGCUUCUUUCAGUACAAGAAUACUCCCAUCAUUAAAGCCAAUAACUGGGCCAUUACUUGUAUUCUCCUCUUCUCUUUGCUCCUUUGCUUUCUCUGCUCUUUCCUCUUCAUUGGCAAGCCUGGGGUUAUGUCUUGUAUUCUACGACAAACAUUAUUUGCCAUCGUUUUCUCUAUCGCUGUUUCUUCAGUUUUGGCCAAAACUCUGACAGUAGUUCUAGCCUUUAUGGCCACCAAACCAGGAAACAGGAUGAGAAAAUGGGUAGGAAAGCAUUUGGCAGUCUCAGUCAUUAUUUUUGCAUCUCUCAUUCAAACUGUCACUUGUAUCAUAUGGCUGGCCAUCUCGCCCCCUUUCCCAGAAUGGGACAAUCAGACGGGAGAGAUCCUAGUGCAAUGCAACGAAGGCUCAGAUGUGAUGUUCUACAUUGUUCUUGGCUACAUGGGACUUCUGGCCUUCAUCAGCUUCACUGUUGCUUUCUUUGCCAGGAAGUUGCCUGAUACUUUUAAUGAAGCCAAGCUGAUCACCUUCAGCAUGCUGGUCUUUUGCAGUGUUUGGGUGUCUUUUGUCCCCACUUACCUGAGCACCAAAGGGAAAUAUAUGGUGGCUGUGGAGAUCUUCUCCAUCUUGGCCUCUAGUUCUGGAUUGCUGGGUUUUAUUUUUAUCCCUAAGGUCUACAUUAUUUUAAUAAGGCCUGAACUGAAUACCAGGGACCAGCUGGUGAGGAAAAAGAAUCCUAUUACUUCUUGA